AUGACGGACGCAGAGGUUUUCUCCCACAGAACCUGGGCACCCAAUAUCUUUGGUAAGGACAGAAAUCCCCCUCCCACAAUCCAUCCUCUUGCCGUCCCAUCAGUACUGACCGCUUCCCGUACGAUCCAACCCACAGCCGGCAAGGUCGUCUUCUGCACCGGCGGCGCCGGAACCAUUUGCAGCGGCCAGGUCAAGGCCCUCGUCAAGCUCGGCGCCGAUGCCGCCAUCAUCAGCCGCAAGGCCGACGUUGCGGUUGCCAAGGCCAGCGAGAUCGCCGCGCUCCGUCCGGGAAGCAAGGUUCUCGGCCUGCAGGGAGACGUGCGCAGCGUGGAGAGCAUGAAGGCGGCCGCGGACGAGACGGUUAGACAGUUGGGCAAGAUUGAUUUCUUGAUCUGCGGUGCUGCUGGAAAUUUCCUGUCGUCCUUUGACGAUCUUUCAGCCAAUGCCUUCAAAACAGUAAUCGACAUUGACCUGCUAGGGAGCUUCAACGCCACCAAGGCUUGCGCAGACCAGCUGAAGAAGAACAAGGGAAGGAUCAUCUACGUGUCCGCCACGCUUCACUAUAUCGGCACGCCUCUGCAGACACACGCUGCAUCGGCCAAGGCAGGCGUAGACACACUCAGCUCACAGAUGUGCAUCGAGUACGGGCCGUGGGGAGUUAACUCGAACGUAAGUCAUCGCCCCGGCGCUACUGCGGCCACGGAAGGUCUCAGCCGCCUCUCCAACCAGGAGGGCCUCAACGAGGGAGUUCGCAACAUUCCGCUCCAAAGGUUCGGGCUUGUGUCUGAGAUCGCAGACGCGACAAUCUUCCUCUUUAGCCCGGCUGCCAACUACAUCUCCGGUGCUGUAAUUCCAGUUGAUGGCGGGUAUUAUCAUAUCAAUGGGCAGAUGCACUCGGUGCGAUACCCGGAUAACGUUAUGCGUCAGGGUCCAUCCAAGAUUUGA